AUGUACUAUACAUCAACUUUAACAUCAAUACUAGAAGUAAUAUUCUUAAUAUUACCUGCUUUAUUAGCAGUAGCUUUUGUAACAGUAGCAGAAAGAAAAACUAUGGCAAAAUAUGUAGCACCUACGCAAGCUAAUACUAUAUUAUUCUUUUUAGGUUAUGGAUUAAUACCAUAUGGACCUGGUUUAGUUUUAAAUGAUAUGGAAUUAGGUAUAUUAUAUAUGUUAGCUGUAUCUGCUUUAGCUACUUAUGGUUCUCUUAGAAGUACAGCUCAAUUAAUUAGUUAUGAACUUGUUUUAAGUUCAGCUAUAUUAUUAAUAAUAAUGAUUACAACUCAAAAAGCAGUAUGGUUAUUAUUACCUAUCUUCCCUGUAUUCUUAAUAUUCUUUAUAGGUUCUGCUGAGUCAGAAUUAGUUAGCGGAUUUAUGACAGAACACGCUGCAGUAAUAUUUGUAUUCUUUUUCUUAGCUGAAUACGGAAAUAGUGGUCUUUUAUCUGGUAUAGUUAUAGGAUUAAAAAGCUCUAUUUUUGUAUUUAUAUUUAUAUGA